AUGAGCUCGGCACAAGAUCCGUUCUACAUCGUCCGGGAGGAGAUCCAGGACUCGAUUGAUAAACUGCAAAGUACCUUCCACCGCUGGGAGCAAACUGCUUCCAACACAGGAGAAUAUGUUCAUCUGACAAAGGAGAUUCUGACCAGCUGUGAAAGCAUCGAGUGGCAGGUAGAUGAGCUGGAAAAGACAAUCUCAGUUGCAUCAAGGGAUCCAGCAUACUAUGGACUUGAUGAAGUUGAGCUUUCCAGACGAAGAAACUGGACUGGUUCUGCUCGUAAGCAGGUUGGGACAGUCAAGAGAGCUAUUGAAAAGGGCAAGAGCAAUGCAGCAACUUCAAAAUACCAGGAUACAAGCAGGACCAACCAGUAUUCUGCCCAAGAUAAUGAUGACUUUAUUUCUUCAGAAUCAGAUAGACAGCUUCUACUCAUGAGGCAGCAGGAUGAGGAACUUGAUGAGCUUAGUGAAAGUGUCCAAAGGAUUGGCGGCGUAGGGCUAACUAUACAUGAAGAGCUUUCUGGACAGGAAAGGAUCCUAAACGACUUAAGCUUAGAGAUGGAGACUACUUCCAACAGACUUGAUUUCGUGCAGAAAAGAGUGGCCAUGGUGAUGAAGAAAGCUGGCAUCAAGGGUCAGAUUAUGUUGAUCGCGUUCCUGGUUGUUCUGUUCAUCAUUCUUUUCGUUUUGGUGUUCUUGACAUAG